ACCACCACGGCAUCUUUCCACUUUACAAACAUCCUUGCCCGAAUAACGCUCUGAUCUGGAAUUGCACAUGCAUCAAUGUGUUGUCGUUGGGAGCCCUGUGGGACUGCUAUCCUGCUGUACUACAGCAUCGUCGACAGCUACGGAAAUCGUGUGCUGCAGCAGCAGCAGCAGCAGCGGCAACGGCAGGAGGAGACAAAGACGAAGCAGAAGAAGUCGAGGGGGGCUGAUGAGGCAGAGCCUCUCCCCUCUAAGCAUCGCCUUGCCUCGAGAUGCUCCACGAAAUCCUCCUCUCGCUCUCAGGGCACCCCUCGCCCCUGCUGCGAACCGCUGCGUCCCCAGACCCCCAUGCGCCCCCCGCCGUUGACAUCACCCUGAUUACGCCGCCCGAGCGCGAGCUCCUCGCUGGGGUCGCCCGCCUGAGCGACCUGCACGUCAAGUUGCUCACCUUCACCUCGCAGAUCGCUGCGUCCCACCCCUCCGCCAUCUGCCGUGCCGUCGCCCACGCCGUCGAGGGCACCCACCUCGCGGCCUUCCAGCGCAAGGUCCUCGAGGUCGAGGAGGGUAUCCUUCGCAGGGAUGCCGGACUGGUCGGCGCCUAUAACAUUGUGCCGCUGACGGCCGUCGUCAGGGAGUUUGAGGGCUGGACGAGGCGCAUGGAGUGGUUCUGGGAUGUCACCGAGUUCAUGUUGAAGAGGGUGAAGGGUGACGAUGGAAAAGAGGUGCUCUGCACAGGCGCCAGGGUGAUCAAUCGCCUGCGUGGGGAUCUACAGACCGGUUAUCAGGAUCUAGAGGAUGCGGCCACGAGUCUGGUCAGAGUGGCCGAGACAGCGUGGGUGAAGCAGGUAUCGGCUUGGAUUCUAUAUGGGAGAUUGCCUGGCUUUGGGGCCGGGGACUUCUUCAUACAGAAGGCUGAAGAUAUCGAUGAGGAAUUCAUUUAUGUCCCUGAUCUUCUGCCAUCUUUUGUCACCACCCCGACAGCGGCGUCCAUGCUCUUCAUCGGACGGUCUCUGAAUUACAUUAGGGCGAAAAACAGUCUUGAGAGCGGCAUGCAGGGCGUAGACCAGCUCUCGUCACAGCUGAGGGAGCUGUCUCAAUUGACCUAUCCGCUCGACAGUGCUACUUUCUCGAGGACCAUCACGGGCAUCAGGUUGUUUCUCUCCAGAAGUACUCUGCAGAAGCUGCUUCCCCUGUCCAAGGUCCUGGAGAUGCUUCAACUCCUGCGGGGCUUCUUCCUCCUGGGCCGUGGCGAGUUCGCAAUGGCCCUCACCCAGCAAGCUGAUGUGAAGAUCCGCAGCCGAUGGCGCAGGGCAGACAACCUGGCGCACGAGAAGCGCGACGGCCUGAAUAAUGUUGUGGUCAAGGAAGGCGAGGUAUUCGCGGUUCUGACCGGAACCUGGGCCGCAAUGGGGUCCAUGCAAGGCCAACAGGCCGACGAGGAUGAGGGCCUUGAGUUGGCCCGAGAUCUUCUCAGAUUAACUCUUGCCAAAACAACGUCAAGUACGCCGGUGCAGUCGCGCUCGGCUAUGCAGAUCGCGAGCACGCCUUUCCGCAAUCUGAUGUUCUCCGUCCCGGUCGUCCUAUCUCUCCGCAUCCCUUCACCUCUCGACCUGUUCCUCAGCGCCUCAGACGUCCAGGUCUAUACCUCCAUCAACUCAUACUUGCACUCGAUCCGCAGAGCUCACCUCCAACUUACUGACCUGUGGAAGGUCACACCUCUCAGGAGACACCACCCGCCCCCGCCCAAGCCGGCGUACGGCAGCAGUAAAGCAGGUCGAGCGCGUGUCAUUCUGCUACGGGAGCGUCAAGCCCGACGGAUGCUUGCCAUGCGAAAUGCGUGGACCACCUGCAGCGCGGCUAUCUUCUUCCUGGCUGAGCUGGAGGGCUAUCUCCAGGUGGAGGUGGUCGCCGAGCUGUGGGAUGGGUUCCAGCGCUGGCUCACAACCGGGAGCGACGCAGCUCGGCUGCCAUCAUCUGCACCACCAUCCCGUGCCACAUCCCGAGCACCGUCUAGACUCUCCACAAGAGACCCAGAUAUGAUGGACACGGAUGAUGCUGAUGACGACGAGUAUGAGGACAUGUGGCUCGCCGAAGCCUCUACGGCAUCUAGUCGUCUACACAAGUCGGCCAAAUCCCCACAUGAUCCACAGACAUUAGCUGCUGCCCACCGGCUCUACCUAUCCACACUUGUCCGCCGAAUUCUGCUCUCCCAGGAAUCCUUCACCGAUCCGCUCUACAGCCUGCUGGUGGACAUUGACCAGCUGAUCGCGCUGAUCCACCGCCUGCAGGAGGUCUGGAAUGCGAUCGACCUCGAGGAGGACGUCGGCGUGGUCGAUGCGUUUGUGGAUCUGGAGCGCGAGGAGAAGGACGUGAGGUCACAGAUCCAGGCGACGAUCGGCAAGACCAAGUUCGGUAUCGAGGAUGUCAUUGGAGUGCUGAGGAAUCUGGAGGCAGACCAUGAAGGCUUGGCUUGGAAUGAUGGUGAGACCGGCGAGGAGGGCGGGCCUAGGGGGCUGAGGGAGCACGGUCAGUAUGUGCCGCGGCGUGUAGGGGGUGUUGAUCACCUGUUGAUGAAGCUUGAUUUUGGGAACUGGUUUGUCUCGGGAAAGAGCGCGGAUAUUGAGGGAUCGUAUGUAUAGUAUUGUGCUGAGUCAUGAAUGUAGUUGAUUCCUUUGUCGCAUGGCGUUGGACGGGCAAGAUAUCACCAGCUAUCUGGUAGGACAGGAUAUUCAGGGCAUGAUACCAUCCAUAAUCUUUC